GACAAGAGGCAACAGAUGAAGACAGUGUACAGUGAUGUAACAACAGAAAAAGGAACGCUGGUUAAUUCUGUUAAACCGCAUCCUGAUUAUCCUGAUUUGGAACACCCUAUUCAUGUCACCUGGAACAAGGGAAAGACUUUAAGUAGCUGGACAGAUGGUACCAAGACCACCAAAGGAAUGCAUACUGUCAGAGGAGCUUUGUAUGACUGUCUUAUGCUUGAUCUGCACAACUGCCCAAACAUGAGUAUUGAUGUUGCCUGGAAGAAAGACAAUAGGCCAGUGGCCAAAAUGAAAGGUCAACGUGUAAAAGUCUAUGGAAAAUACAACCAGAGAUUUCAUGCCUUUCCCAAUGGCAGUUUGAGUCUUUGUCCCAUGCAGCCAGAAGAUGAGGGCCAGUACACUGCAGAAGUGUUCAGUCAUGAUGGGACACACUUGUGCCAUCAAACAAUUCAACUAGAGUAUAGCGUGCACAGUGAUGUAACAACAGACAAAGGGACACCGGUUAAUUCUGUUACACCGCAUCCUGAUUAUCCUGACUUGGAACACCCUGGUCACGUUACUUGGAACAAGGGAAAGACUUCAAGUAGCAGCUGGACAGAUCAUACCAUUACAGUGAGAAUGACCCUGCUGUCCUUAGGGCAGGGAGAAGCGAGAGGAGAAGUUGGUAAUUUUUAUACAACAGGGACCACCAAAGGAAUGCAAACUGUCAGAGGAACUGCAAAUGACUGUCUUAUGCUUGAUCUGCACAACUGCCCAAACAGGAGUAUUGAUGUUACCUGGAAGAAAGACAAUAUGCUAGUGGCCAAAAUGAAAGGUCAACUAAUAAAGGGUUAUGGAACAUACAGCAAGAGAUUUCGUGCUUUCCCCAAUGGCAGUUUGAGUCUUUGUCCCAUGCAGCCAGAUGAUGAGGGCCAGUACACCGCAGAGGUAUUCAGUCGUGAUGGGACACACUUGUGCCAUCAAACAAUUCAACUAGAGUAUAGCGGGAAUAAAACAGCAUCCAUUCAAGAAGUAAUGGGAAUCCUUGAUGGCUCCAUGUUCCUACAUCUAACAGUGAUGGAGUGGAAUGACUUGGUCCAGAUAAUGUGGAAGAAAGACGGCUUAUUGGUUGCUGAGUUAAAUUACACUCAGUUGGAGUCCUAUGGGGGAUAUCACAACAGAUCGGAGAUCCUACCUAACGGCACGCUCAGACUGGACAGGAUUCAGAAAACUGAUUUUGGACGAUAUUCAGUAGAAGUGCAAGACAGAGAUGGGAAGAUUAUAUACCGGAGAAUGAUUGAUGUGAAAGUAGAUGCAGCACUAGAGAUGCCGGCCUCAACAGUUGAUCCGCAUUUACUAUUAUUCAUCAUAAUAGGAGUACUUGGAGUUGUAUUCAUUGUUGCGUUGGGUACACUGAUAUGGCAUUUUGAAAAAUGCAGACAGAGAACAGGUCGCUUCUGGUCAGUGCCUGGGGCCCAUAGUGGCUAUAAUGAGGACCUGGUGGAAUCUGGAGUGGGAGGCACGAACAGCCCUGACCAAGAAGGGACUGGAAAUCCAGCUUCAAAGGAACCAGAGGCUGCAAACUCCACCAAGCAAGAGAAUGAAGCUUUCAUUAAGAAUGCUGAAGAGACUAAAGCAGCAACAGCUGCAAGCCUUUACACUGAGCAACCUAUGUCUUUAAAUAUCUCCACUUUUCAAGGGAUAGAAGGCUCUAAAUCACAGUGCGGGCCUAUGCAUGCUGGAAAUGAUGUUGCUUCAGUUACUAAAGACUGUGUUCUACCAGAAUAUGGGAACUAUGUUCCUCAGGAUGACAGGGACUGUGUUCCCCGAGACUUUGAUGAGUAUCCCCUCCCAAGAUUUGAUGACUGUGGUCCCCCAGAAUUUGAUGAGUGUUCCCCACCAGACUUUGGUGACUGUCAUCCUCCAGACUUCGAUGAUUGUGUCCUGUCCGAAUUUGAUGAUGAUGAUGGUCCCCCAGAAUUUGAUGACAUUGCUCUCCCAGAAUAACAUAUAUCUACUAAUUCAUUCUACUAAAUACAUGUUUUGAAAGGAAGCUACAUUGAUAUUGUGACUGGAGGCUGAACACAGGGUUAUAUCAGCAAAAAUUCAUUGAAUCACUAGCAAAAUUCUGAAUUUUAAGCAUGUACUGUUGAACUUGCUAUAAUUUACAUCAUUAAUUAUUAGAUACUGCAUGUCUUGAGUUUCUUAGAGUUGAAUAACAGUUAUGUUAAAGGUGUGUAAUUUAUAUGAUAAUAAAGCUUUUCACUUUUAUUUUGUAGUGUAUAUACUAGCUAUUAAUGUGCUAAUUUGUUU